GCCUCCCGAGCAGGAAGCUCGCGCUGCGCUGCUGCUGGGCUCCCGCGCGUCCAGACCCACUGAGCCCGGCGCCAUCCCGGCCCGGGUCCCUCCGAGGACAGUGACCGCCGCUCCGCCGGCUCUCCGCCGCCCCCUGCACCGGGCACCCCGGCGGGGCCCGGGAGAAAGCCGCCGCCCUCCCCCGGCCGGCCCGCAGCCCUCCCGCCGCCGCGCGCGCCAUGGAAGCCCCAGAGCAGCAGCCGGACCCCGACGGCGGGGACGCCCUGGGCCCCGAGCCGGGGGGCAGCCCCCAGGACGAGCUGGACUUCUCCAUGCUCUUCAACUAUGAGUAUAUGGACCCGAUCGGAGAAGAGCCGAAUGCACAUAAGGUCGCCAGCCCACACUCCGGACUUGCAUACCAUGACGAUGUCCUGGACUAUGGCCUCAAGCCAUACAACCCCCUCGCCAGUCUCUCUGGCGAGUCCCCCGGCCGAUUCGGAGAGCCGGAUAGGGUAGGGCCCCAGAACUUUCUGAGCCCGGCCAAGCCAGCGGGGGCCUCGGGCCUGAGCCCUCGGAUCGAGAUCACUCCGUCCCACGAACUGAUGCAGGCAGGGGGGGGCCUCCGCAUGAGAGACGCCGGCCUCCUGGGGGAGCAGGUGGCCCUGGCGGGGGCGGCCGCCAGCCCACGGUUCACCCUGCCCGUGCCCGGCUUCGAGGGCUACCGCGAGCAGCCGCUUUGCUUGAGCCCCGCGAGCAGCGGCUCCUCUGCCAGCUUCAUUUCCGAAACCUUCUCCCCCUACACCUCGCCCUGCGUCUCGCCCAAUAACGGCGGCGGGCCCGACGACCUGUGUCCCCAGUUUCAAAACAUCCCUGCUCAUUAUUCCCCCAGAACCUCGCCAAUAAUGUCACCUCGAACCAGCUUCGCUGAGGACAGCUGCCUGGGCCGCCACUCGCCCGUGCCCCGUCCGGCCUCCCGCUCCUCGUCGCCUGGUGCCAAGCGGAGGCACUCGUGUGCCGGGGCCCUGGUCGCCCCGCUGCCCGGAGCCUCACCCCAGCACUCCCGCAGCCCCUCACCGCAGCCCCAGGACGACGGCGCCCCCGCCGGGUACCCCCCGACGGCUGGCUCUGCCAUCCUCAUGGAUGCUCUGAACAGCCUCGCCCCGGACUCGCCUUGUGGGAUCCCCCCCAAGAUGUGGAAGACCAGCCCCGACCCGUCCCCGGUGACUGCUGCCCAGCCCAAGGCCGGCCUGCCCCGCCACAUCUACCCGGCCAUGGAGUUCCUGGGGCCCUGCGAGCAGGACGAGAGGAGGAACUCGGCUCCCGAGUCCAUCUUGCUGAUGCCCCCGACGUGGCCCAAGCCGCUGGUGCCUGCCAUUCCCAUCUGCAGCAUCCCAGUGACUGCAUCCCUUCCUCCACUGGAAUGGCCACUCUCCCACCAGUCAGGCUCCUACGAGCUUCGGAUCGAGGUGCAGCCCAAGCCACAUCACCGGGCCCACUAUGAGACAGAAGGCAGCCGAGGGGCCGUCAAAGCACCAACUGGUGGCCACCCUGUGGUUCAGCUCCACGGCUACAUGGAGAACAAGCCCCUGGGGCUCCAGAUCUUCAUCGGGACGGCCGACGAGCGGAUCCUCAAGCCCCACGCCUUCUACCAGGUGCACCGGAUCACCGGGAAGACCGUCACCACCACCAGCUACGAGAAGAUCGUCGGCAACACCAAAGUCCUGGAGAUCCCGCUGGAGCCGAAAAACAACAUGAGGGCGACCAUCGACUGUGCGGGCAUCCUGAAGCUGAGGAACGCCGACAUCGAGCUGCGCAAAGGCGAGACGGACAUCGGCCGGAAGAACACGCGGGUGCGGCUGGUGUUCCGGGUGCACAUCCCUGAGGCCGGUGGGAGGAUCGUCUCCCUGCAGACGGCCUCCAACCCCAUCGAGUGCUCCCAGCGGUCCGCCCACGAGCUGCCCAUGGUGGAGAGACAAGACAUCGACAGCUGCCUGGUGUACGGGGGCCAGCAGAUGAUCCUCACGGGCCAGAACUUCACGGCCGAGUCCAAGGUUGUGUUCACGGAGAAGACCACAGAUGGGCAGCAGAUCUGGGAGAUGGAGGCCACCGUGGACAAAGACAAGAGCCAGCCUAACAUGCUUUUCGUGGAGAUCCCCGAGUACCGGAACAAGCACGUGCGCACGUCGGUGAAGGUGAACUUCUACGUCAUCAACGGGAAGAGGAAACGAAGCCAGCCUCAGCACUUUACCUACCACCCAGUCCCAGCCAUCAAGACAGAGCCCACGGAUGAAUAUGACCCCACCUUGAUCUGCAGUCCCGCCCACGGGGGCCUGGGGAGCCAGCCUUACUACCCACAGCACCCCAGGGUGGCCGAGUCCCCCUCCUGCCUCGUGGCCACCAUGGCCCCCUGCCAGCAAUUCCGCUCGGGGCUCUCGUCCCCCGACGCCCGCUACCAGCAGCAGAACCCGGCGGCUGUGCUGUACCAGCGGAGUAAGAGCCUGAGCCCCAGCCUGCUGGGCUACCAGCAGCCAGCCCUCAUGGCCACGCCCCUGUCCCUCGCGGACGCCCACCGCUCGGUGCUGGUGCACGCCGGCUCCCAGGGCCCGAGCCCGGCCCUGCUGCACUCCUCUCCCGCCAGCCAGCAGGCCUCGCCGGUGAUCCACUACUCGCCUACCAACCAGCAGCUGCGCUGCGGGGGCCACCAGGAGUUCCAGCACAUCAUGUACUGCGAGAACUUCCCCGCCGGCUCCGCCAGGCCUGCCCCGCCCCCCGGCAGCCAAGGCCAGAGGCUGAGCCCGGGGUCCUACCCCACGGUCAUUCAGCAGCAGAAUGCCACAAGCCAAAGAGCCGCCAAAAACGGACCCCCGGUCAGUGACCAAAAGGAAGUGUUACCUGCAGGCGUGACAAUCAAACAGGAACAGAACUUGGAUCAGACCUACUUGGAUGACGAGCUGAUAGACACAAACCUUAGCUGGAUACAAAACAUAUUAUGAAACAGAAUGACUGUGAUCUUUGAUCCGAGAAAUCAAACUUAAAGUUAACGAAAUCAUCAGGAAGGAGUUUUCAGGACCGCCCACCAGAAAUCAGACGUAGAAGCAGUCAUUAGCAAGACACCUUCGAACCCGUCCCCUCGGAGCCCUCCUCGCCCCUCCCGUCUUCCUGGCGGGCCCUGCCUGCCCGGAGUCCCAGCGGGCAGCGCUCUUCCUGGCAGACAGCCGCCUCGUCAGGAGCUCGCCACCUCUCUCUGCAAACACAGCGAGGACCCUCUGCCUUUUGAUAUAUAUUUUCUGUCUUAAAUCCCAAAGAGCAUCUCGGUGGACUUUAAUGGUGUCCCGUCCAAACCUAAGUGCCUGCUGAACAAAACCAAAUUCUGAUCAAGACAGCACGCCGGGCCACACCUGAGAGCCGGUGACGAGCUCAUGGCAUGGCUGGUGGGGGACGGAAGACGCGGCCCUGUGGUUAAACCCCCGUCUCUGCUCAUGUCCCCAGCCCGCACCUCCCGGGGGACAGGAGUUCCCAAACCGAGCGGGCAAAGGAAUGCAGCCCAAGAGUCCAGCUCGCAGGCUGAGGGAUCGGAGAAGCCAGCCGUCAUCCUUCGGGCCACCGGGGCGUGCCCCGGUGGGGCCACGGCUAACACUUAUUCCUAAAUUCUCAUCCAGAAGCAAAACUGGCCUGGCCCCUGCAAGAUCCCCUGUUAGAACUUCUUGGAGUUAAGUUAGGACACGUAUGCUUUUUCCCUGCUUCAUAUGGCCGGCCACGGUGGCUGGAGGUGGACCCGCCCUGGCCAGCAGCUCCCACUCCACAGCGCGGCCUAGUACUCGCUGCAGAGUGAGCGCCCUGGCUGCAGCCACGGCCUAAAGGCUCUGCGACGUUCCCGCGUGCUUUCUUCCCAACAGCCAGAGUGCUCUCCCGGCAAGGCGUUCAGAGAAUCCCACGCAUGAGCAUUGCAAUUUCAGAAGGAAUGGCACAGGGCAAAAGCAAUUCCCCGACUCCCCCGCCCCCCCCCCCCCCAAAAAAAAAAAAAAGCACAGGCAUUUUUGCACAGGCAUUUUUGUGAAGUGGUUGUGAAGAGGCAAUUGGCAGGCCUGAGGGUUCCCCUGAGUGGGCACCCCCAGCAGGGAAAAGGGGCCGAGUUCCCUCUUUCUGGCCUAGACUCUAAGUGGGACACUCCAGCUCAGGAUCUGGCCCUAAAGGUCAUUGGUUAUUUUAACUGGAACCUAUUGAAAGGCCUGCUCGGCCCCAAAGACCUUUCUGCACAGCUGCCUCCUCCAGCACAGGGCUCCCCUAGCUAUGUGUGUCCCCGCCCCCUCGCUUUUCUCCACUGAGCACAUCCAGGGUCCCCCAGAACCUCCCUCCUUCGGUGCAAUUUUGCCAACAAAACUCUCAAAGUUCUUGGCAGGUGAGUUUUUGUCGCAAAGAUGUGUUUUGUUUGCAUUUACUGCAGACACCCCUAGCCUUUCAGCGGCUUCCCUGGCAGUGAGUGUAUGCCUGGCGCUCUGGGAGAGGCCGUGCCUUCAGAGAUUUCUGAGCACGUCUGCUGGAUGGAGGGACUCACUGCAGUGGAGAGUCCCUGUGGGCUUUCUGAGUGCUGGCUUUCCCAUCAGGGUUGCUCAGAGGUCAAACCUCCCUGAGAGCCGGGCCAAGGGUGCAGGACUUGGUGUGUUCGGUGCCCCGGAGAGAGGACAGAAUGCCCAGGGUGGGCCUUUGCACUCUCCUGUCUAUGACCUUUUGCUCAAAAUGACCUUUCACCCCAAUGACAGAGGCCCACGCCCCCGUCCACCCAAGCACAAAGUUUAGCAGAAAUCCUUUUAGACAGACAGAAUGCCCGUAAGAAGGCAACCACUGCCAAAAGCUUCGGGGAUGCAGAAUUCUUCCCAAUAGACAGAUCCUUCCACAAGCAGCUCUACCCAAAGACCUUUCUCUCCAGCAUCACCGACUUCCCCGGGGAAGAGCUCAUGGGUGCAGCGAGGGACGCGCUCCCGCUGACCUGGCCAGGAGCCACUUCUUUUGCACAUGAGGAAAUUUGGCCUUUCCUCGGCUCUCUGAAUGUUUCACCCAAGUGCCUUCCUGCCAUUGUAGCAAAGCCGCUCGCUCGGCUUCCCUGUGCAUGAGGUGCAAAAAGGACUAAUGCAUUUUCCAUCCUUCUCCUAACCAUGUUAGUGACAAGGGCCUCCUGUGAGUUCUGACCCCUGUAUAUACGUGUGUGUGUGUGUGUGUGUGUGUGUGUGUGUGUGUGUGUGUGUAGAGAGAGAGAAACUCUCUUUUUCUAAGACAUCUUAGCUGGAUAUUAUAGGAAGCAUUUCCAUAACACAACGAUCCCAAAAAAAGCAAAGGAGAGAGAAGCAAGGACGUUCAUUUUGAGACACAAAUAGGCAUGCAAUCAUGCUGUGAGGAACUGACAGCUGUGGAGAAAGUUCUGUCCGUCACAGACGCCGGAGGAAAUUUUGCCAAGAGGAAUUGCUCACGAACUGUCUUCAGGAUGGGAAGAGGCCAGCAGGUCCUCUAGGAGGAGCAGAAGGCGGAGACGUCUACAUGGUGAAGGUGUGUGUGUGUGGCAUGUGUGCUGGAAGGACCUCAGUUAGGUGGAGGUGUGCACCUGCCUCUUCCAUGGUCAGUGGGACAGGUAGCACUUCCGGCGGAAACCUGCAGUGUUGCUGAAUGUAGUCUAUCUCCGACGUUUGCCAUCUACCCGCAUUGUAGAAAAAUUCUGCUGCUUGGUAAUAUAUAAUAGCGAUCCAAAAUCAUAUGUUAUUAAAUUUUAUUUUCUUAUCUGUAUUUUUAUGCUUUUUAUCUGUCCUCAACAUAGUGCACCCCAGUUGGAAUUAGAAGAAUAUUUAUAAAUGGUCAGAAGUCUUUUUCCAGUAUAUCUUUUAACAUCUAUGUUGAUCCCUGUCCCCCCCUCCCCCCAAGAGAAAUGAUGUAUUCUUGAAAAGGUGUUAAAUCAUUCCAGGAAAAAAGACAAAACCCCACCUCAGAGCCUGUCAGUCACCUGUCUCCCAGACAGAAGCAUCUCCGGAGAAAGGGGGAGUGGCUCUGUGGCAGAAGGAACCACGGAUCUUGCUUGAGACCAAUGUUGCCUGACUUCAGCUCUGAGCCUCGAUCUUGUCACCGAGAACUGUCCUGUCAAGUGUUUCGAUCCCUCAGUAAGUAGAUGGUCUAAAACACCUGCCUGCACUGUAAUGGGAUUCCAGAAGCAUCCGUGUUCACAGAAAUGUAAGCGCAACCUAAUGUUUACAGAGCUGACUGAAUCCUGGUAGAUACCCCACUCACGUGAUGCAGAGGGCGGGCACUCGGAGUUUCCCAGCGCAGACACGGCCCCUGAUGAAUGCCUUGGUUCCUCCUAAGAGCUGGGAAGCCCUGGAGAGCUUUUCCUGCUGCCAUCCUUCUGGAAAGCAGCCUCGGCCGAGGUGGCGGCCGUCCCGUUGACAGAUCGGAAGCCGGUGCGUUCCGAUUGUCACUCUGGACGAAAGCGAGGCAGGAUUUGUUUAUUUUCGUGUCAACAGACACUUCCCAAGUGCUUCCUGUUGUUCAAUGUUGAAAGAAUGUCCGGGACCCCAUUCACAACUGCUCGCUUCUUGUUUACAGUAAGCAUAGGAUAGUGACAUUCUUGGCAAGCAGGGGUAUCAGCUUUCCUGAACUUACAUUCUUGGAAGGACAGCACUCUAGCAGGCACCCGACAGGCCUUAACCUGGUGUCUUCCGAGCGUGAGACUUGGGCAUCCAGGCUCACGGAACCCCACCAGCCGAUGCCCGUGUUUUCCUGCAUCCCAGCUACAUAUGAAAGCAAAAAGGAAGCUGGGAUGGCAAGCAUCUAUCCCCGUCUCCCCACUGCUUUCCCAAGUGCCCCAAGCUAUAGCCAACAUCAAUGUCUUAACUCAGUUUGUUCA